GUCGCCAUACUUCUGUAUUUCUUUUACGCAUGCGUGUGGGGGUUGCGUUGAUAAACUAGCAGAAGCAUCAUUUUAAAACAUGUCAGAGAAAGGAGAAGUGGAUUUAACUGGUGCCAAGCAGAACACCGGCGUGUGGCUUGUAAAGGUGCCCAAGUACCUCUCUCAGCAAUGGGCAAAGGCGACUGGCAGAGGAGAGGUCGGGAAGCUCCGAAUCUGCAAGAAAGGAAUCCAAGGAAAAGCAGAGGUGUCUUUCACUUUGAACGAAGAGCUGACUGUGAUUGAGGGCAUAGAAGACAAGACGGUGUCGGCGCCUCGCGAGCACCCAUUCACCAUGCAGUCAGUGGGAGGUCAGACGUUGGCGGUCUUCACCGAGAAUUCAUCAGAGCAGAGAGGCCAGUCAGAAGAGAGAUCUGAUGGCAGCAGCUCAGGUGCGGGGGCGGGGGCAGGUCCAGAUAAAAUAGCCUUGGAGGGCGUGGUAGUGCAGAGAGCAGAGUGCAGGCCUGCUGUUAGUGAAAGCUAUAUGAGACUGAAGAGGUUACAAAUUGAAGAGUCCUCCAAGCCAGUCAGGCUGUCACAACAGUUGCAAAGUCCUGUCACCAACAACUACAAACCUGUGGCCAAUCAUACUUCCAAUCUUGAGUAUGAGAGGAAAAAGAAGGAAGAGGGCAAGAGAGCAAGAGCUGACAAACAGCAGGUGUUGGACAUGCUGUUUUCUGCUUUUGAGAAGCACCAGUACUACAACAUCAAAGACCUGGUGGAUAUCACCAAACAGCCUGUGAUUUACUUGAAGGAAAUCUUGCGUGACAUCGGCAUCUACAACGUGAAGGGAACACACAAGAAUACCUGGGAGCUCAAGCCUGAAUACCGACAUUAUCAAGGCGAGGAAAAGACUGACGAAUAGUCCCUGCCACUUCCAAGGCCGAUACAACACCUCUUCGUUUCCCCACCCCCCCCUAGACCAGGCCUUGAUUGGACCUUGGGAGUUCUCUCCUGUUCCUCACAUCAGGUCUCUAAACACACUGGAUGAUGAGAUCAAGCAACGAUUGAGGAGAUUGUAUCUUAUUUUGUAGGAGAGGAGAAAAAGGGGCAAUGGGAAACAAAUUGAGGUUUUCUGUUUGAGUGUGUGCCAUCUCUUCCCGAUGUGGUUUCUGUCACAGCAGACCCUCAAGGUAAAAGCCCCCAGUAUUUAAAUUAGUUGUUCUAUCCAUCAGAGGCCCAGGAGAAACAUUUUACAGAGCAAAAGAAUCAAUAAUUAAGUCUGGUUCUUAACACUGAAUUAUGUUUUGACCAGUAUAUCCAGAGGUAAGGGGCUUAAUGUUUAAAGGAUAAACCUAAAGAAGGAUGUGACAGAGGCAAUGGCUCUCAACACUGAAUACGUUCUAGACAUUUUGACUUGUUUUUUGAAAUUAUGUAAUGCUUUAAGAACACAACUGAGCAGGUUUUCUGCACCAUGACGUGGGAGGAAAAAUUCAGCUUGAAGGUGCAUUGACAAAUUUGUCUGGUACUAUUGCUGUAAUCCCUACUGAAUUUGUGCUGAGUCCCGGCAUUAGGCUUUCACUGUAUUUUUAACUUUUACAUGUGAUACACAAUAAAUGUUUCAAU